AUGAACCACGAUCCAUUCCAAUGGGGAAGACCCAGCAACGAAACAUACGGUGCCUACAACCAUCAUAUUGCCAAUGCAUCUGUUCGUGAGACUGAUCACCAGAGCUUGGACAACUUUCCAAAGAUGAACACACAACAGCCUAUCAUCACUGGUACGUCUGUGAUCUCCGUCAAGUUCAAGGAUGGGGUCAUAUUGGCUGCUGACAACUUGGGCUCAUAUGGAUCCUUGUUGAGAUUCAACAAUAUCGAAAGAUUGAUAAAAGUUGGCCAGGAAACAGUUGUUGGCAUUUCUGGUGACAUCUCGGACUUGCAACAGAUCGAGAGAAUAUUGGACGAGUUGGAAACAACGGAAGAAGUUUACGACAGCGAUGGGGGCCACAACUUGAGAGCUCCUCACGUACACGAGUACUUAUCGAGAGUAUUAUACAACAGGAGAUCCAAAAUGAAUCCCUUGUGGAAUGCCAUUAUUGUGGGAGGCUUCAACGAUGACAGAACUCCUUUCUUGAAAUAUAUUGACUUGUUAGGAGUUACCUACGGCGCUUCAACGUUGGCUACAGGAUUCGGUUCUCAUUUGGCGGUGCCUUUGUUGAGACAAUUGAUUCCGAAUGAUGUAGACUAUGUAAACGUGUCGGAAGAACAAGCAAGAAAAGUGGUAGAAGACUGUAUGAGAGUGUUGUUCUACCGUGACGCCAGGGCCUCUGACAAGUUCUCGUUGGUGACAAUUAAGAGGUCUGCUGAAGAGCCAGAUACAUCUUACACAUUCAACUUCGAGAAGGAGUUGAAGGUAGAGAACCAGAGCUGGAGAUUCGCAAAGGACAUCAGAGGUUACGGCAGUCAACAGCAGUAGAGACCAUAGAAGUAGGUACCACUAAAUAUGUCAUCUGUAUUACCCAUAUAGUGUCAGUUAUCAAUCAAUAAUGAUUAUCAUC